UGCCACAUUAGUAGCCGCGUGUUCGAGCCCAGAAUAGCACGUACGGAUCCACCGAUGCAGAUGCACGUUUCUCGUCGGUGAUUAAUAAUAUCGAUUCGAGAGAACAUUUGCACGUUGGUUUCGCGAACGAGAUUCCGUUGCGUUGCGAAUACGUACGUGAACGUAGCGUUUGUCAAUUUCGCGCCGAAAGAUAAUCUCAUUUUGGAAAACUGAUCCUUGAGUGCGACGAUUAUCGUGAUACUGGAUUAAGAGAUGAAGAUCGCAACCACCUUGUUCCUGUUCGUCGUCGUUGGGUGUACGUGGCGGGAGACCUUAGCGACUUGCGUACUGGAGUCCGAUUUUGGCUUCAAGCUAAACUGCGCCUUCAAAAAAUCCGGCCUAUUUCGGGUCCGAAAUCUUGGAGGUGUCAAAGGUUUCGUAGGUCUUGGAUUCUCGGUAGGAGAUGAACUCGGAUUUCCCGAAUCAAUUUCCAAUUUGGAAAGCAGCAAGAGGCGAAGCGUUCAAGUGCAGAAUCGGGGAAAUUCAAUUCCCGUAGGAACGUCAAACGCGCGGAUGCCGCAAAAUCCGCGCGCCGUUCCGCCCUUCAAACCUUUACCACCCGGCGGGGUUCGGCCGAUGGCUCAGCAAACGGAACGUCAGAGAUUGGUGGUCCAGCAGAAUGCAACAGCACUUAGAACGGUCGCUGCUCCUUCCUUCGCCGCUAUGCAGGAUGAGAACUCGAAGCUGCAACAGCGAACGCAGCAAGAGGCGUUCGCCCUUCAGAUGCUGAAGCAGCAGCAAACGCAACAGCAACAAGCCCUCAGGCAACAGCAACAGCAGCAAAUGAUCGUCGCGCAGAACAAGAGGAUCCAGGCUGAUUCAUCUCCCGCGGCAUCGCCAGCCAGAGUUCCUGAGAUAAUAAUGGCUCAAUCCGCACCGUCAGGAAUUACUCGAAACACGGAAACUGUUCAAGCUUACAGUAACGGUCUUCCACCGUUCGUCGCCAUGCCGCAAUCUUCUUCUCAGCUCACAGACAGGAUCAGUAACAGUCCCACUCUGCUCGAGGACUCGAUGAACGAAGUUCCAAAGGACGAUUUUUACCAGAUUCCCAUACCAUCGGACGAGGCCGUUUCUUCGGUGAAUCAGUUGACUCUUCGAUCCAUAUCUCCGGCAGCUGUUAACCAGGGUUUGCAACCAGCUCAGCAGGAGUACGGCAAUCAAUAUAACGCCCAGCCUCCGAUCGUCUCCCCGUCUGCAUUGGCGUCGUUCCAAGGAAUGGAACCAUCUCUGAAAGCCUUGGCUGAGGCGAGCAACGUCACUUUGGAGGCUUUGGAAACUGCCAUUUUACUCAGGCAGCAACAGUUGAUGCGAAAGCAUGAGGAACCAACGACUAGCACCACCACCAGCACUACCACCACCACUACUACGACGCCGAGUCCCGUUAGAAACAGGUACAGUCUGGCCGCACCUAGCAAGGUGAUGAAUGCUCCCCGCGAGUAUUACCCUAUCGGAUACGACAAAAACUUCGACGAUAAUUUCGCAAGCCGCGUCGAAUUGCCUGAUACCAGCUUUUACUGUGGCGAUCAGAAACAUUUCCCAGGACUUUACGCCGAUGAGGAUCUUGGAUGCAUGGUAUUCCACGUCUGCGCACUUACCGACGAUGGACUUAUCAUGAAGAGUUUCUUGUGUCCCGAGUCGACGCUUUUCGACCAAACGGUUCUCAAGUGCAAUUGGUGGUUCUACGUCGAUUGCAAAUCAUCGAAAAAGUUGUACGACAGUAACAUUCCGAUAAGCAAAAGUUAUCAGCUUAUGAAAGCUCUCGCCUUUUUCUCAGCCUACAAAAAUCACGACAAUGGGACCUCAAGCUCGACCAAUGAGAGCUUGUGAUUAAAGUUCGCGAGUUCGGCUAGGAUAUAUGUUAUAUGUAGGGAUGUAAAGGAGUUGAUGUUGAUUGAUGAGAGGCGUUAAUUUCGAAGAUUUUUCACAAGCCUUUUUAAUCCUCAUCUGUAAACACACUCCUCUAGUGAUUCUAUAGUUUUGUGAAAAGCACAAAGUGGACAAUAUGGUUCGAAACAUGGAAUAAGGCUGUAGUAUUAGAUGAAUGAUCGAAAUAAUUUGAGUAAUAAUCUGAAAACAUACCUGUGAAAAUUGCGAAUAAUCUCGUACACAGAUGUGUGCAAUUCCGAGCGAUUUACGGUUGAUAAUGAGACUAGCUACCGAGUGUGUCUACGAACGAUCUAUUACAUAAUUUAUUUCAUGAUUGUAACUACGAUAUUUGCCUUUACAAAUGGAAAUGUAAAUAAUUUAUUUUCAUAAAUAGCAUUAAUCAGUAGAUGUAAGAUAUUCAUUGGCGUAUCAGUAAUGUAAUUGUAAAUAGUAUGAAGUAGUUUAUUUAAUCAUGCAUUGGAAAAGAGCUGAAUACUCUGAGAAAUUAAUAAAUCAAAUAUUCGUAAA